ACCAUUCUGUGUCCUGCUGUCUGUCAUACCAUUCUGUGUCCUCCUCUCUUUCAUAGCAUUUUUUCCCCCAUUCUUUUUUCUUUUUCUCUUUUACAGUCAUUGAGCAUCCCGAAAACAAUGCAGUGUGGACAUCCCCUGGGACAGCACGAUCUCGCAGAAAGAGAGAGGUGACACCGCGAUUUGUUAGCUCCAAUGACAAUGUAGCCUAUUGCUCGGUGAAGAGUAAAGCAAGUUUGAUAUGAUAAUUGUUUGUAUAGGAGGAGGACCCAACCGAACAAGCAUGAGUCAUAGCGCACAGCCACAUCUUCGCUAGACCCUCGCAAGAAAAUCGAUAUUACAUGCUUGACCCAAUUAUCUUUUAGGCUACCUCCUCUGAUCAGACCUGUAUCCCGAACCGCUCCGAUCGAAGGCGCGGCUUUAUGUCACGGAGACCUGCUUGAAAUUAUUUCAUUGAUAUUCAGCCGGGUGCUUCAGCCGCACCGUGGAAACAAACGGGCUAAAUAGCGCAGUAAUCAACCCCCGAAUAUGAAAUGAUACGGGGAAUACACCGCACCAGGGACUCGGAGUGCUCAUGGUCCAUCAUUUCAAAUCAGUUUGCAGUCAUCAGAGACACAUUAAAAUGAAAUGUACUUACUGGAAUGAGAAGAGGAAAGGCCAACCAUCUCUGAGCAGCAAAACAGUUUAGGGAAUUACACAAAUAGACAGGGACAGGAUUGUGGACACUUGGUUCGACUUUGGAUCCCUACAGUAGAAGUGGCUCAGAGGACUGUCUCAAUACAGGAUGGGAACCAACCCAACAAGGACAGUGACGGUCCAAAUGGUCCCUCAUCUGGCUGGAGUGGAAGCUCUGGGAAACCAGGAGUCUAACGCCAACUGGGCUAAAGAACCUAACCUGAACCUCACACAGGGUUGCCCUUCCCCCACCACUACCCCUGCCCCUGUCCUUACAGAACACACACAGGUUAACCUGUGUCUGACAACCCCCAACACAACCUCCAGGAUCCAAUCAACUGGCCAUGGACAACCGGUUGGCGGAGGAGUGGGGUCCAACACCAACACAACUUUCUCGACCAAUGGCGAAGGAGGGAAAUCGCCAUCGAAGCAUGUGAUUGGAAUAGAGCAGCAGAUGGUAUUGACAUGCCGAGGAGGUGUGGGUGUAACCGAGGCGACGGCAGAGGGCCGUAGGGACGGCAACGCCAAUUUGACAGCGUUGACCCCCACAGCCGCCGCCGAGGAGAAGGAGAAGCAUAUCUGUAAGACCAGCCUGUCGUCCGCCAUUACAUCAUCAAAGGUUGACGUGCAUACAAAUUACUGCAGAGAGAAAGAGCCUGGUGGAGCAGGGGCGGGGGAGGGGUGUGCAGCCAAGCCAUCACCAGAGCCCACAGCAGUACAGAGUGCUACAGUCAGAGUUUCUGCAGUAGCUAAAGAGGAGUCACUACUAGAAGGGGACAACAAAAACGCAACCACACCAAAUCAACAUCCCCCUCAGACCUGUGAUCCAAAGCAUACCUCGGCCUCUGAAGUGCUGACGUCUCUGACGACUCCCAAACAAGGUAAGGCAGAGGGAGCUGCAGUGACUCCAAACAAGGUUGCUCCACCUCCUUACAAAUCAAAAGAGGCUGUUAAUAGUACUACAACACAGAGUCUCUCACCUUUACCUAGCCCUGCCACCAACCCUACUCCACCAGAAUGUCCUCUACAGGCAUCUAAAGAAAAUAGGCCCAAGACAAACUCUCAGAACCCUCCUUCCCAAAUGGAAUAUAAUAAAACGGCAGCUACAUCACAGCCGGAACAGACCAAGGAGACUGCAGUAGCUCCUGUCAAUGCUGCCGUCACCAUCAUGCCUCCAUCAUCAGACAGCAAGGAGAACGUAGGGCUUAGGAAUAAGGCCUCAAGUCCGCCACCUCCCGAGAAGAAGGAUUUAAAACCUACUCCAGUAGCAAAGAUCUGCUUAGAUAAAUACCUGCAGGCGGCAUCGUCAGAGUCUUCAUCACAGAAGGAUUCUCCCUCGUCACCCAACGAGGCCCAACAGAACCAACAGCCUGAGGCCCAACAGGGCCAGAACCAACAGCCUGAGGCCCAACAGAGCCAGAACCAACAGCCUGAGGCCCAACAGAGCCAGAACCAACAGCCUGAGGCCCAACAGGGCCAGAACCAGCAGCCUGCCCACCAUGCAGCACAGGUGACAGAUGAAGCCGUCCAGACUGCCUCGGUCUCGGAGGAGAUGCAACAGAAAGCCCACUGCAAACUAUACCGGGAGGCCUCCACCAUGACCCGCACCCCCACCGCCACCCCCACCCAUAGCAAGCAGGGCCAAGACGUGGAGGUCCAGGCAGUGGCUGACGUGUGCAGCCGGGCGGUCUCCACCAGCCCCAGCCUGUUUCCUCUGCCCCCGCCCUACAGGUCCACUGACAGAGGUGCUGCCCUGAGGGAGGAAGCAGCAGCUGAGAGCCUGUCUGUGGUAUACCAGGUGUCCCUCCACCAGAUUCACAUGGGCAGCAGUCCAUCCUGCCCCCCGCCACCUAACUACACCGCAGGUCUCAGGUCCGGGUCAGAGCGAUUGACCCUGGAGGCGGGGUUAUGCUCCAGUCAGAGUGCCGGCGUGGUGCUCCAUGCAGAGGAGGCGGUGGCGGCCCUCCAUGCAGAGGUCGCCAGGCUGGGGGCCAAGCCUAAAGAUCUGGCAGUCGGGGGGGCAGCAGCGCUAUGCAACAUCCAGCAGAGAGGAGCACUCCCGCCUCUGCAGCCCGUCUACCAGAUCAACAUCGAGCCGAGCGGCGGCCAAAACGAGCCGGUAGCUAAAGCGAAUCAUCACCAGCAUGGAGGCGAGAAGGCAGUGGCAGACUCCCAAUCCAAACCCAAUGCAGCAGGGAAACCAAAGGUGUCUAAUGAAGCACAGACCGUGCCAACGCAGCCUGCCAAGCCUCCCUCUGCUAAAGCUCCAUCCCCCUUGUCGCCAACUGCCGCAAGCAAGACCAAAUCCUCCGACAAUAAGGCUGCUCCUCCUCCUUCGCAGUCAACUCCUUCCGUUACCAAGCCCAGCCAGGCCUCAACGACAACCUCCAAAAAAGCAGAGGACGUUAAACCCAAGACGGCAGUGAAAGCAGCGAAGCAGAGCAUUGUUAAGGGGGUUGGGGGCGUUAAGGCUUUGUUGGGCAAGAAGAAGCAGGAGCAGCUGGAGCCGGAGAGGAAGGAAAAGGAGGACGAAGUCGAGGAGAGGAAACAGAAAGGAGAGAAGAGCGUGCACGAUGUGCUGUGGGAUGAGCAGGGGAUGACCUGGGAGGUGUACGGAGCAUCCGUUGACCCCGAGUCCCUUGGCUUUGCCAUUCAGAGCCACCUGCAGUGUAAGAUCAAAGAACAAGAGAAGAAGGUCGUGACCCAGUCAUCACUCAGGAAGUCCAUCUCAGUGCCGCCGGUGGUGCCCGACUCGCCCGCCACCGUUGCCGUGGACGAUGCCAACAGCAGGAAAAACAAGAGGAGGCAGCAGAACGUUUUCAGGUCCAUGCUGAAAAAUGUCAGACGGCCCAAGUGCUGCGCACAUCCUCCCCCUACCGCCGUGCUGGAGUGAGAAGGAGAAGCAGCAGACUGUAUGCAGCCCACACCCUCCCCCUACCGCCGUGCUGGAGUGAGAAGGAGAAACAGCUGGCUGUAUGCAGCCCACACCCUCCCCCUACCAUCGUGCUGGAGUGAGAAGGAGAAGCAGCUGGCUGUAUGCAGCCCACACCCUCCCCCUACCGCCGUGCUGGAGUGAGAAGGAGAAGCAGAGGGCUGUAUGCAGCCCACACCCUCCCCCUACCGCCGUGCUGGAGUGAGAAGGAGAAGCAGAGGGCUGUAUGCAGCCCACACCCUCCCCCUACCGCCGUGCUGGAGUGAGAAGGAGAAGCAGCGGGCUGUAUGCAGCCCACACCCUCCCCCUACCGCCGUGCUGGAGUGAGAAGGAGAAGCAGAGGGCUGUAUGCAGCCCACACCCUCCCCCUACCGCCGUGCUGGAGUGAGAAGGAGAAGCAGCGGGCUGUAUGCAGCCCACACCCUCAGCUGAGUCCCCUAUAAAGCAGGCUGGUUCACCCCUUGUUAUGGUUCCUCCGAUGCCAAGCCAUGUGUGGAUAUUGGGAUCUCUCCCUAACCCUACUGGUCAGAUGUUGUGGUAUACAAUGUUACCUUAGAUAGGGUUGAUGAUUAUCAACAGAAGAGGGCAAAACAAAAAGCUAAAAUAGGUUCUUGUUAUGGACAACUUAUUUUUUAGAUGAGAGAUUCUAACAGUAUUUAAUGAAAAAUGGCAAUAAUAUUAUCUUAGUGAAACGCAUGUGUGUUAGUACUUAUGGCAGUCAUAACUCAUUUUACCACUAUGAAGUCCUGGUGUAUACAGUACAUGCCUCUGAUCUUUGGGCGUACAUACAUAUUACUGUCAGUAUCAUACCUUUUACAGAUGUGCAACUAAAUAUCACUACUUCUCAGUGCAGUGGGUGCAUUUUGGUAUAUAUACAGUACGAUU